AUGAAACCAAAAAACGACCCAAACGAAAUCGAUGCCUCCAGAUACGCUGCAACCAACUUGCAGAAAACGACGCCUGGAAGACACCGAAGCCCUGGGUUCAAUUCACAUGCCAAUUUCCUGCAUGCCAACCAUCCCGGUGUGGAUCCUCACAAUGUGCCACCGUUGCCUAGUUACCUGUGCAGACCUUAUCAGCCUGGGCUGCGAUCCAUUGCGCCUAGUCCCAUGAUGAUGCGUGGUAGUCCAUCUGUGCCUGGAGCAUACCCUUCGCCUCGAUUCAAUGCACCUUAUACCCAUCGAAAGCCAGUGGAAAGAUCCCAUACACACAAAAAGAAGGUGCCCCUCUUUCAGGGCAACUUUGUCCUUGAUUGCCCUGUGCCCACACGAUUGAUGGAAGCCAGUGCACGAAAAGAAAAAGAAUUUAGCAUGAUGCGGUACUCGGCUGUUACUUGUGAUCCCAAUGACUUUGCUGCCAACAAUUACACUUUGCGACCUCAGUUGAUGAAGCGAGAAACGGAGCUUUUCAUUGUCAUGACCAUGUACAAUGAAGACGAGGUCUUGUUUUGUCGAACAAUGCACGGUGUCAUGAAGAACAUUGCGCACCUAUGUUCCAGAUCACGCUCCAGAGUGUGGGAUACAGAAGGCUGGAAGAAGGUGGUGGUGUGUAUUGUGGCUGAUGGUCGCAAAAAGUGUGACCCACGAGUCAUGGAUGUAUUGACUACCAUGGGUGUAUAUCAGAAGGGUAUAGCUAAGAACAUGGUGAAUGAUAAACCAGUGCAAGCGCAUUUAUUCGAAUACACCACACAAAUUUCAGUUGAUUCAGAUAUGAAGGUCAGAGGCGCAGAAAAGGGAAUCGUGCCGGUGCAGGUGCUCUUUUGCUUAAAGGAACAAAAUGCCAAAAAGAUCAACUCGCAUCGCUGGUUUUUCAAUGCCUUUGGGCCCAUUUUACAGCCCAACAUCUGCGUCUUGUUGGAUGUCGGCACUCGUCCGGGAAACUCAUCCAUCUACCAUCUCUGGAAAGCAUUUGAUACCAACCCAAAUGUAGGCGGUGCUUGUGGUGAAAUAUGCGUGAUGAAAGGCACGGCAUGUGUCGAUCUGUUGAAUCCCCUGGUAGCAGCACAGAACUUUGAAUACAAAAUGUCCAAUAUACUAGAUAAACCGCUGGAAUCCGUGUUUGGCUAUAUCUCGGUGCUGCCGGGCGCAUUCUCGGCUUAUCGAUACGCAGCACUGCAAAACGAUGCCAACGGAGUGGGGCCACUGCAAAAGUACUUUUUAGGCGAGAAGCAUGAUGAUACAGACGACGCUGACAUAUUCACUGCUAACAUGUAUUUGGCUGAAGACCGUAUACUGUGUUUCGAGCUACUGGCUAAAAAACAUCAGAAAUGGGUUCUCAAGUAUGUGCAGACGGCAUUUGGCGAAACAGACUGUCCAGAUCAAUUACCCGAGUUUAUCUCGCAACGGCGUCGAUGGUUGAAUGGCAGCUUUUUUGCAGCAGUGUAUUCUCAAUGGCAUUUCUCUCGUAUUUGGUGCACAAAUCACUCUGUUGGGCGAAAGAUCACCUUGUCGAUUGAGUUUUUCUUCAACUUUUUGAACCUCAUCUUUAGCUGGCUGGGCAUGGCCAAUUUCUACCUGACAUUUUACUUUGUUACAAAAUCACUGACAGCACCCGAAAUGGAUCCAUUUGGCAAUGGUUGGGGUGAUCGCAUCUUUCUAUCGCUACGGUAUCUCUACAUUUUCCUGUUUAUCACAUCCUUCAUAUGCUCCAUGGGAAAUAGGCCUCAGGGGUCCAAGUGGAUGUUUAUUAUAUCAGUCAUCGCUUACGGGCUCAUCAUGAUGUACACUUCAUUUGCUGGUGGUUGGUUGGCUUACAGAAGCUUUCAACAAGGCAUCAAUACCCCUGGAUGGGAUCCCAAUAAUGCGCUAGCCAAUUUUUCUCUGUUGCUGAGUCAACCUGAAUUCAGAAAUGUGGUGAUAUCGCUGCUUGCUACCUAUGGUCUGUACAUUUUAGCCAGUCUGCUGUAUCUGGAUCCAUGGCAUAUGGUUACUAGCUUCUCUCAGUACCUGUUCUUGCUGCCAACCUAUGUCAAUAUUUUAAAUGUCUAUGCUUUCUGUAAUAUCCAUGAUGUCAGUUGGGGCACAAAGGGUGAUAAUACGAUGCCCAUGGAUUUGGGCGUGGCAAGUAAAGCCAUGGUCACUGAAAAGGGGGUUGAAGCUGUUGAAGUGGAAUUGGAAGAUGGUAUCGAUGCAACCGACAGGGAUUAUGAUGAGGCUUUGGAGAGCCUGAUGAUGAAGCCUGAAGCAGUAAGAGAGAGCCGAGCACCCAAAACCAAACAAGAUGACUAUUAUCGAGGCUUCCGCACUCGUCUCGUUCUAACCUGGAUAGGCUGCAAUGCAAUUCUAGUUGCCUUUGUCACAAGCGGUAGUUUCCAAUCCCUUUUACCCAACAGUGAGCAAAAGCAGCUGCCUGAGGACUAUUCCAAUGCCAUUGGCACUGCGUACACUGGCUUUAUUCUAUGGAUGGUGGCUGGUAUGGCUACCUUCAGAUUCAUUGGUAGUUUACUGUACCUUAUUUUGCGAUGCUUUAACCUGUAA